GAUGACUCACGACUGAACAUCAGCAGUAGUUCAUGUUUAAUGCUGUCUUUAUAAAUGAUGUAGAACUUUUACAAAGCAAGGUUGAUCGGCAUGUUAGGCGUUUCAUAAGCCAGAAGAGCCUUCUAAGCACAUUAAAUUGAGUGAUCCAGUUAAAUUUGUUUCAGUGGUUUCAAGACACACAUAUAAUCACCAGCCCUCCAGCUGCAGCUGAUUUGAUUAAGUUGAUUACAUCACAGCAGCUGCUUUCCUUAGGAUUUCCUUUCCUUCUCAAGUUGUGGUCAGAAAUUGUGCAGCGACACGUACGCUUUGAUAGGUAAUCAAAGCUGCCUGCUUCCUCAAAGGUGACAGAAUGAAUGAUACCUAUGAUUAUUACGAUCCUUUCAAUUACACAUUCUUUGACAAUUGCACUGUAUCUGACUGGGAAGAUCAUGGGGUCGUCAGAGUGGUGACACUGACCUUCUACUGUCUGACCUGUGUCCUUGGAGUCCCUGGGAAUGCCAUUGUGGUGUGGACUGCUGGUGUGAAGAUGAAGAGGACAGUGAACACCACCUGGUUCCUUAACCUGGCCAUCGCUGACCUCCUCUGCUGCCUCUCCAUACCUUUUACCGUGGCAGAAAUCCUUUUAGAAGGCCACUGGCCAUAUGGAAAUGUCAUGUGCAAGGUCCUGCCUGCUGUCAUCGUUCUCAACAUGUUUACCAGCGUCUUCACGUUAACCCUCAUUGGUCUGGAUCGCUUCAUCCAGGUUGUUAAGCCAGUUUGGGCUCAAAAUAAUCGUAGCCUGGGGCUAGCUUGGGUAUGCUGUGGUGUGGCCUGGGCCUUGGCUUUUCUCUUAAGCCUACCCAUCAUGAUCCUACGUGAGAUUUUCACUGCUGAAAACUACACUACCUGUGCAAUCAAUUUUGAUGUCCAGGAAGAAGACCCUUGCAAAGAAGAUGAUGUUAGUGACUCUUACAGGGCAUUAACUCUCAGCAGGUUUGUGCUGGGCUUCCUGAUACCUCUGCUGACCAUAAUGGCCUGCUAUGGCCUCAUUGCCCAGAAGGUAAGCACCAAGCAGUUCCGCUCAGGAAGAGCGUUCCGCAUCAUGGUGGCCAUUGUCGCAGCCUUCUUUCUGUCCUGGUUGCCGUAUCACGUGCUGGGCUUGGUAGACGUCUACGGUGGGCCGCAGGUCUCCAGGCUAAUCAGACCGAUAGACCCACUGGUCAUCUCUUUGGCAUACAUCAACAGCUGCAUGAACCCUGUCCUGUAUGUAUUCAUGGGGCAGGAUUUUAAAGAGAAAGUCAAGAUGUCUCUGAGACGGAUCUUUGAGAAAGCAUUCAGUGAAGAUGGGACACACUCUUCGGUGAACUCCAGAGGACAGCAGUCUCACGCCACCAACACAUCAGAUGCACUCUGACUGGUGGAUGUACAUACAUUUAUACUGUAUGUAGUAGAUCACUGUCAGAGAAAACCUUCUAUCUCAAAAAUGGUAACUUCUGGCUUCAGUGAUAAUCUGAUAUACAAACGGGACAAACAGACCUUUUGUAAAGUUAGUUCAUUCUCAAUAUGAAUAAUUAAGCAUGUCAUAUUUUGCCAAUUGAAAAUACAGUAUAUGAAAGGUUGUUAGAUAAUGUGCAGGUAUACUAAUCUAAGGUGUUGCAUGCAUUUUCUUGCAUGCAACUCCCAUUAAAUACAUUUUUUUAUUACAUUUUUCAAUUUAGCAUCUUUUUCUGAACUGUACUAUGUACCAGCUAUACUAGAUGCACUAACACUAAUACCUUAUGCCAGUACCUUUCAGUAGAAUCAAGCACAUAGCUUUGCAGUCUCCAUAAACAAACACUGGCAGAUGAAUGGAUUGUACUGAUGAGCUCAUUGACUUUAAAGAUCACCGUCAAAUGAUGGCACCUCUGUCACAAGUCAGUUUGUGAAAUUUCUGUCCUGAUAGAUCUGCCUAAAGUGUCUAGAAGCAACAACAGUUCAGCCACAAAGCUGUAGACAAAUGCAAACUCACAGGGUGGGGCUGUGCUGAAGCUCACAGUGCCUAUCCUCCAUUAGAUCACUCUCUACUGAAUGAAUGGGCAAACGUCCCACAGAGACACUCCAAAAUUUUGUAGAAAGCUUUGGAGAAAAGUAGAAGCUGUUAUAGCUGCAAAGGGGGGUGGGGUGGGAGGGCUGCACCAUAAUAAUGCCUAUGGAUUUCUAAUGAGAUAUGAUGAAAGUUCCUGUGGGUGUAAUGUGUCCAUGUCUUGUCUCAUGUACUUUAAUUCGUAUAGUAUACACACACACACACACACACACACACACACACAAUUUUUUAUUUGUUUUUUACAUUUUUUAAUUUGAAAAUGCCUGUUGUUUGAAAUUAAUUGCAUAUAUAUAUAUAUAUAUUUACUAUGUCCUUAAUGUUUUAAUUGAGAAAUGCUUCAGAAAAGUGUAAUUAAGUACAGUAUAUUAAGUAUUUUUGCUUUGUACCUAAAGUAUACUUGGCUUAUAGGUUGGGGAGGAAUAGUACAUGGGUGGAACUGAACCUGAUAUUUUACCUGCACAUUGGGCCUCAUUCACCAGUUUGUUCUUGAGAAAGAUUCUAAGAAAAGGUCAAUGUCACAUUCAUGACAUGUUCUUAAACCCCCAAAUUAUUCACUCUGUGCUCUUGAGUGUGUGAGGAUUGUGUUCUUACCUAAGAACAAACCCCAAAUAAAAAAACAUUGGUGAAUGUCAGAAUCAUCAUAAAAACUGCUGAAGUGGGUUUUAAGAAGACAUUUGUUGUUGACAGUUGGUGAAUGAGGCCUGGGGUUAUUAACCCACAUGAAAACUUUUGGCUGAUUUUAUUGACAGUUCUUCCGAGGUGUGCUUGUUGUGUUCGUUUUGAACUGGAAUGUCGAUUUGAGUGGUUAUGUUCUUAUAUUUUGGCAUGAAAUAUAAUAUUUGUUGGAAAUGUUUAUAUUUUUAAUAAAGACAGUUAUAUUCUUAA